AACUCCUUCAUCUGAAAGAACAAAAAGCUAAUUUAUCUCCUCAAAUCCAACCAUCUGGAUCAGACAUAACUGUCCAAGCUGACCCAAUGGUUAAAAAUAGAAUCUGCAGAAAGAGUAAAACUCAUAGAAAGGUGUUAAAGGCUGUAGAGAAAAUGAAAAAAGAAAAGCGUCUGAAGAAAAAAUCAAAGCAGCAGACUCCAAGGGAGCCGGACCAGAUUCUGGGACUACCAACAUCAGACGCUCUGCCUGUAAGGUCCGGGAUGGUUUCAGAUUCUCCAAUCUUACCUCUGGAGGCCUUUAACCCAGUGAUCUCCAGCCAGAGGUUCCAGCCAGCUUCAGACGGAUGGCUUUUACCCGUUUCUAGCAGCCUGCCUCCUCGAGCCAUGAUGGACGACUACGCUGCAGCCACGCCCAGAUCGUUCCCUCACACCUGCUCUCUCUGCAGCCAAGUUUGUUCAAAUAUUCAGGAAUGGAUCUUCCAUCAGAAUAUCAGCUUUCAUCUGGAGAACUGCAAACUCCUCCGGAAACGAUACCCCAAUUGGGACUGUACAGUACCACUGUUUAAAAGUAUCAGACCAGGGAGCCGAUCCAGGUCAAGGAAUGAAAGCCAAUCAGGUCACAGCAGCGUGGAGGAUGGAUGGGACAGACCAAGGAGCCGCUCCCGUUCUCCAAGUCCUUAUUGUAGCAAUGUUUUGGGGGCUGGCUGGAGAUCAGGAGAGGAUUUAAAUAGUCAGAGGUAA